GUGCCACACUAUCCAUUUUAUUUUAUUUAUAAAGACAAAAACACAAAAAAAAGAGAGAAAAAAACACUCUCACUGACAUACACUCCCAACGCCAGUCGCUACUACUCUUCUCAGUCCAUGUCUCCCCUCUCCCUCAUUCUUUUCAUCCUCGUACUCCUUUCACCGUCGUACUCCGUUUCCGGCAAGAAGCGGAGCCACCAUGACUCUCCAACGCCGGCCUCGGAUCUCGUCCGUACAUCAUGCGUGCACGCCAACUACCCGAACCUCUGCCUCCGUACCCUCUCGACGUACUCGGGCCCCGCCAGGACGCCCCGAGAUCUAGCCCAAGCCGCCGUCAACGUGAGCCUGGCGCGCGCCAGCCGAAUCUCCAAGUUCCUAACCCGGACGGCCAGGGGAUCGUUCGGAUCGAAGCGUCAGAGAGCGGCGCUGGGAGACUGCGUGGAGCAGAUCUCGGACUCGGUGGAGGAUCUGAGCAAGACGUUGUCGGAGCUGCAGCACCUGCGGUGGGAGACGUUCCGGUGGCAGAUGAGCAACGCGCAGACGUGGGUGAGCGCCGCUUUGACGAACGAGGACACGUGUCUGGAGGGGUUCAAAGAGCUGCAAGUGAAGAUGAAGACCGAUGUGAAGCGGAAGAUCACCAACGUCGCUAGGGUUACCAGUAACGCGCUCUACAUGAUAAAUCGACUGGACGAGACACGCGGCAGUUAGUCAGUUAGGUAGGCCCGUCAGCACCAAAACGCACCGUUUCGCCCCUUACUACCUAUGUGAUUGUACGUUUCAUUCAUGCAACUACCUAACUAGCCUCUACUACUACUUACUCCGUAGAGUGUGCCUCUAUUUGUAGUUUUUUUUUUAAUAUUCUCAAUCUGUAUCUAUAAUAUGAUAUAAUAGUAUGAUAUGACUCAUAUCUAUCGAUGUAAAGGUUUAAGUAUAAUCGAUAUUUAUAUAUUUCAUUUU